AUGGUAGCCGCAAAUGGCCUCCGCUCCCGAAGAUUGCUGGUCGUAGGACACACCACGUCGCAGCCGCGCAGCACGCCGCAGUGUCACCAGUCCCGCAUGGUCCAGUCGCGGGUCUCCAGACUCCGGCUUCACAGCGAGAACGUGCCAGCCCCCACAACUCCCAUCAAGUCCGCCAAGGCCACCUCGUCUCUUACACCUGAUAGACGCCAUUUCAUCGGCCGCGAUCCUUUCUUGCCUCGGCCAAGACAGUCCUCUUCCCUCAUGGCACGGUUCUGUCCACUUGAAGAGCCUUUGAAUCAGUCUCGAUCAAUUCAUCUAGAUGUCAGACGAUUCCAGCAAAGACAAACAAGUGCAGGGACUGUGUGGAACAUUAGAGGUCUCCCGCCUCGUAUCUCAAGAGUUUCCGCUGCAAACGAUCUCCGAAGCUCGAUAAAUAUCGGCACAUUCACAGGUUAUCAACAGCUCCCCAGAGAGUUGACCUCAAAGGAAGACUUGGCAAAUUAUCAAGAUCGUGUUGCUUUUGCUCUCGAUAUCAACCAAGUCGGUAAAAUCUUGGAAUUUUCACACACACCUUCACUUCGCCCUCCUCCGAUCGCCAUCAAGUUGAUAGAACCAUGUGAUCUUGGAAGAACUUAUUGGACAGGGAGUGAAUGGAUAAACAACGCACCCAGACCAUUGCCAGCACCAAAGUCACGGCUUCUACCUUCUGCACCAUUCAAGGUUUUAGAUGCUCCUUUCCUCAGAGACGACUUCUAUUGCUCAACUUUGGCUUACUCCCCAGGAGAAAAUGCAUUCUUGCGGGCGGAAGAAACGACGGAUCACUUGUGCUACAAUCCACCUCUGAUUCACUACCACGCUUCGAAGUGA